UUCACGGUCGUCGCAGAACCGUCUGGAAACCCAUCAGUGAUUGAUGGAAUCACCAUGAAAAGCGUUUUCGUCCUUUUCGUGCUUUGUGUGCCGUGUGUUUUGUCCGCCCGUUACGUGCCCAAAUGGAAGAAACAGGCUUGCGAAUUACCCACUUCGCAAAAUGAGCAUUCGCAUUAUGUGUGUGACGACGAUGGGGAGGUGAAAUGUCUGCCAGGAUGGACCGGGGAUUUGUGCGAUGUGCCCAAAUGCCGGCCUGGAUGCGAUCCGCUGCAAGGAUACUGCAACAGGCCGGGGGAAUGUUUGUGCAAGUUGGGGUAUUUCGGUGAAAAGUGCAAUAAAUGCAUUCCUUUGCCCGGGUGUCAGCAUGGCUAUUGCAAUGUGAGCUUUGAGUGCAUCUGCCACGAGGGAUGGGAUGGGAUCUUUUGUUCAGAACCGAUCUGUCGUUUGGAUUGCCACUCAACGAGGGGUUAUUGCGACAGUCCUGGCGAAUGCAGAUGUCGCCUGGGCUGGGCAGGACGAAACUGCAAGGACUGCCAGGUCCUGCCAGGAUGUCAGCACGGAUACUGCGACAAGCCUCUGGAAUGCAAAUGCCUGCCCGGAUACACCGGGAUUUUGUGCCAGACUCCAAUCUGUUCGAAGACGUGCCACAAGGAGCGCGGAUACUGCAGGAAACCGGGCGAGUGUCGAUGCAAAGUGGGUUGGUGGGGAAAUAAUUGUGAGAAAUGUUAUCCUUACCCAGGCUGCGUGAACGGCAAUUGCACGAGACCGUGGGAGUGUAAUUGCAAGAAGGGUUGGGGAGGGAUGCUCUGCGAUGAAGAACUGAACUACUGCGAAACUAAUCCUGACACGUGUAAAAAUGGGGCGAAAUGUGUUUCGCUCACAAAGAAUGACGGCAAUUACAAGUGUCUGUGUCGGGAAGGUACAUGGGGAAAAAAUUGCGAACAAUCUGAAUUUUCCACCACCGUUAAGACGCCCACAACUACCACCGUUGCAGGAUUUAACAAAACGAAGCAAAAAACCGAACCGCUCUUGGUGGAUAAUGAGACCUAACGAGGAACUUGAUACGGUUUCGUUCAUUAUUCGUAGCAACGACUUGGAGGCCAUAGAAGCACAAUAUUUAUUCACUCACUAAUUUAUUAUUAUUUAUUGUCGUUUUUAUUGCAAACUGUUACAUCUUUUAUCUGUAAUAAAAACAUAAAAUUGA